UCCAAGGGCAUCACCUACUGGUGCCAGCUCGGUUUGGGGGCCAUCGCUAUUAAGGCCCGGGAAGUCUCAGCUAAGAAGCGUGGUCUCGGGAGAUGAUGGACCCAGCACACCAGCUGAAGAGCCCUCCCGCGUUGUGGGAAAUGGAGAACACUCUCCAGGAGGACAUUUUCCAGAACAAGAUCCUCAUAGCGAAAUUGUGGAUCGCAUCCGACUCUGGCGGCACGAUGCUAUGAUGCAGCACCUUUACCAAACAGCAAUCUUCUGGGGAGACAAAGUGUUCUCGUGGACAUCUGACCCUAAUGAUGCUUUCUGGCUUGCGCAGGCUCAUUUCUUGUGUCACCAAUACCAACGUGCGGAAGCCAUCCUAACUAACCAAUACGCCUUUGAGAUGCCUCGUGCAACCACUACUAAGGGGAAGGAACGGGAUGGCCUAUUGCGCGGGAAUAUGCCCCUUAUGGGUGGCGUUAACAUCAUCCCUCAGAAAGCAGGGACAUAUUCACGACUAGUAGAUCUGAGUGCUCCGUGCCGGUAUUUAGCUGCCCAGUGUUCAGUUCGACUUGGCAAGUGGGAUGAGGCGCUGGAAAUGCUGGGUGAAGUUAAUCCAUUUAGAGGUAGAGAAGACGAGCCGCCACCAUUCCUGAUUCCAGAUGCACAAGGAGGUACAAAGGUGGAAUCAACGAUGUGCUUCCUCCGAGGCGUUAUCCUAUUGCGGAUAGGGCGCGCCGAAGAUGCCAAAGAAAGUCUCAUGGAAGCUCUAGCUAUCGACUAUAAGAACGUGGAUGCAUUCGAGCAGCUCAUCGGUGGAGAAAUGAUGAAGAUCGAUGAAGAAUGGGAGUUCAUCCAGUCCCUGCAGUUCCACGGGGAAGAUCCUUUCUGUACUGAAUUUGUUCGGUCCAUAUACACUGUGCGGUUGCGAAAGUUUAAGCACCAGCAUGAGAUUGCUUUAGCCCGGCACAAACUAUCUACAGACUACCGACUGGCGGACAACGUUGAUGUCCUGUUUAGUUUUGCCGAUUCAUUAUUUGCCCAGUAUCGAUAUGCGGAUUGUUUCGCUAUCACAUCUCGGAUACUGGAGAAGACCCGGAUACACGGUCCCACUAUUCCCAUUCAUAUUGCUUGCAUGCAACACAUCCCCAACCUUCGGUCCAAGCUAUUCCUGCUCGCUCAUGAACUGAUGCAGAAGGAGCCGGAAGCACCUAUUAGUUCAUAUGCUGUGGCAAUUUGGUAUCUGUUCACAAAGAAGUACGCCCUUUCUAGAAGAUGGAUCAGCAAAACUACACUCCUCGAUCCUCGCAAUGCACCUGCUUGGAUUGCCUUUGCCCAUACCUUCGCUUUCGAAGGUGAACACGAUCAAGCCGUGACAGCCUACUCGACGUGCGCACGACUUUUUCGCGGCACACAUCUUCCUUCUCUGUAUAUUGGUAUGGAACAUCUUCGAAUGAUGAACCUGCCUUUAGCACAGGAAUAUCUUGAAGGUGCAUAUGAUUUAUGUGACUCUGACCCGUUACUGUUGAACGAGAUGGGUGUCCUUGCAUCCCAUCAAAAUCAAACACAACGUGCGGUUGAAAUGUUCGAGAAGGCAUUGGAAUUAGCUGAUGCGUCUCAAACGUCAAAACAAGCAUGGUUAGGAACCUACUUGAACCUCGGCCAAGCCCACCGGAAGCUCAAGAAUUAUUCUCAAGCGAAAGCAGCAUAUGAGGAAGUAAUUAGGAUAGACCCAAGAAAUCCUCAAGGCCUUGCAUGCCUCGGCAUCAUCCAUCAUGCUCUCGGGGAGCUCGGUGAUGCUAUAACGAAGUACCACGAGGCACUGAGCGUGCAGCCCCUAGACGCGAAUGUGAUUGAACUCCUCAAUCUUGCGCUGAAGCUUAACACUGUCAUCAACCCAUUUUCAUCCACUCCCUCUGCCGACACUGACGCUCACUCUUUCACUCGACCACCGCUUGGUUCAUCUGACCCGCCACCACCCUCCAAACCAAUAUCCGCAGUUGAGCAAGACCUCGCGAUUAUUCAGUCGAUUCGUACCGCCUCUGUACCACGCCCAGCAACUACCCGAGGGGGGCCGAUCAUUGGUGCUGAGUGGGUGCCAAGUAUGGGUGCUCGUCAUCACGCAUUUAAUGGCAGAACGGAGCAGCCGCCUGCUAGGGUAGAGGAUUCCGGACCCGGGAAUAGACAUUUAGCUAUUAUGGAGAAUCCCGGGAUACCACCGCCUGGAGGAAUUCCUGGAAGGGAGAGCAGGGAUGUAGAAGAGGCAAUCGAGAUGAGUAUUGAGGAGAGCAGCGAACUGGUGGAUGCCAGCAUGGAACUGGAGUAACGUGCGUUGUCAAAGGCGAAGGCCCCCUCGACUGUGGAUGAGCAGGUGUAGCAGUUAUUGGGCACGCUGAUUACAUAAUCAAGAACGUCAUGUUUGGAAGGACGAGAACAAACCAGGCAAGCCUCAUUCCAGAAGGGUGAUUAUAUUGGAAAUAGGAAAGGCUUAAUAACG